AUGGUGCUGCUGCUGGUCAUCCUCAUCCCGGUGCUGGUCAGCUCGGCGGGCACGUCGGCGCACUACGAGAUGCUGGGCACCUGCCGCAUGGUGUGCGACCCCUACGGCGGCACCAAGGCGCCCAGCACGGCCGCCACCCCGGACCGAGGCCUCAUGCAGUCGCUGCCCACCUUCAUCCAGGGCCCCAAGGGAGAGGCCGGCCGCCCGGGCAAGGCCGGGCCCAGGGGGCCGCCGGGGGAACCCGGCCCGCCGGGGCCCGUGGGCCCGCCGGGGGAAAAGGGAGAGCCCGGGCGCCAGGGCCUGCCGGGCCCGCCCGGCGCGCCGGGCCUGAACGCGGCCGGGGCCAUCAGCGCCGCCACCUACAGCACCGUGCCCAAGAUCGCCUUCUACGCGGGCCUCAAGCGGCAGCACGAGGGCUACGAGGUGCUCAAGUUCGACGACGUCGUCACCAACCUGGGCAACCACUACGACCCCACCACGGGCAAGUUCACCUGCUCCAUCCCCGGCAUCUACUUCUUCACCUACCACGUGCUCAUGCGCGGCGGCGACGGCACCAGCAUGUGGGCCGAUCUGUGCAAGAACAACCAGGUGGGGCCUGGCGGGGAGAAAGAGAGGGAGGGCCGCGGGGAGGGGAGCCCGCUUUAGGGGCGCAGCAGCAGCAGCAGCAGCUCGGAUCGAGGCCGAAGAGGUCAGGCUUGCCAUCUGUUUUUGUUUGACCGCGUUGGUAUUGCCUGGCGCGACUCUCCUGGUUGGCCAGCCAGGUGGAAAUUCAACAGGUGAGGCAAAGGCUAGAAGAGCGCGUUUGUGCCAAAGCUGCACCUGUUGAAUUUCUGCCGGGGAGAGUUUGCCAGCCCCAAACCCAAAGGAAUUCAGAGGAGCGCUGCCUGGAAAGUGGUAGUGAGUAGAAAAGAGGCAGCCUCAAAGCCGGGGAGAUUUGGGAAGGUGCCCAGCGCUUACUUCCUAAUGUUAAGAGAUCUCUUUUGUCAAACUAGCUUGGAGACUUUUAGGAGCUAUGAGUGGUGAAGAGAUGGGACUCUGCGUAUACACAGUAUAUACUUUAAGACACUCUUCCUUGUUCACGUGCUGAACGGCUGAACCUGAACGUGGUGAGGAAGGGGCGGUGUGAGACGGACAGGCAACCCCGGGAUCGUUAAAAAGGUCCCGGGGCUCAGCCUGCCCGCUCAGAGGAAGGAGGAGUUGCGGGAGGCUCCCAGGAGGCAGGAAAGUCUGGAAAUGGCAAGGAAAAGCCACAGGGAUCGGCUGCAGCGUCCUUCUGCCGUUACACCCGAGGCAGCCCGUCAGCUCCGUAUGUGCAAACUACUGAGUAAGCGUCGCUGCUUCCCGAGGCGACUUAAGUUGCGCGAGCUGCUCCCUUCUCCCAGCCCCUGCGGCUGGAUAAAUGGCAAGGAAGGGCUUUUCCCUCCCCAUAUGAGGAAGGGCUAAAUUGGGGAGGAAGCUGUGCACCAUGAGCCUGUACCCAUCCAUAAGACAAAUCCACGUGGACGCCUUUCCUUUCUCCCCUCCUCCGCGAGGGAAAACAGCGGAGGCUCCACGGGACGUCGGACGCACGUCCCUAUGAAAGAGCUGCGGCUGGUGGCAACCCCAGGAUGGGGGGCUUGCGACCCCCAUCGACGUGAAACUCCAACUCCCAUCAGCCUCAGCUGGCAGGGCCAAUGGCCAGGGAUGAUGGGAGCUGCAGUCUGGCACCCGAGCCUAAGUGGGCGCGUUGGAAGGGGCGGUUCACUGCUGGUGCCUCUGGGACAGAAAUGUUGGCAGGAUGAGCCCGAGGGACCCCCGGUGCAGAAGGGCAGGCUGGCCGCCUUUCGCAGCAAAAGCGCACAUUGCCCUCCGCCCCGCCUCCCAUUAAGUACAGAGAGUGAAAGUGCCUAAUUGAUGGGGCUCAGUGGACCGUGAGGCGCAAAAAGCAGGCGGGCGCCGGGUCAAGCAAUUCAUGCCGGGGAGGGGGAAAGGAGUCCUGAGAGACAAAGAGGGAAACGGACUCGUGCGAAAGAGGAGCCCCGGCCUUCCCGGGGGGGGGGAUCUGGGAAUAGGAAUCUGGGAGGGGCGCGUCCCCACUGGGGCACCCGCCUCCUCUCCCUUCCCGAGGUGUGAAGGCGGCGUCUAGUGGAAACCCAGCCCGCUUGUGCCCCCCCCCCCCAUGGUGGUGGUUUCUGAGGCAAGAGAGAGGACCCCCCUCCCCCCGCCUCGUUUAAUUGGGUCUCUUAAUAAACGCUCCUCCUCCUCCUCCUCUUUCUCUCCCUGCCUCCCCAGCCGCCUUCUCAGAGUCACAAAUGAGCGAGGCCACAACAACAACAAAAUGGGUUUAUAAGGACUCAGUGGACGCGGCGUGAAUCCGGCCGCGCUCAGUCAUUAAGGGCAGAACAACUCACCUCGGGGAUUUUGUUGGCCAGGUUGCAAAAAGCGAGGAGAAAGAAAGUAAAGAGCGCACGGCGCGCAGGCGUAGUUUUUAUGUUUGUGGGUUUUUUGCGUGUGUGUGCUUUAAAUGGAAAUAAAAAAAAACUGGUAUGAAAAGCAGUCCCGUCGAGAAAUGCCUCCCCUCUCUCCCUCGCCCUUCCUUCCUUUCGCGCGUCGCCGGAGGGCGAGGGAAAAGCGCGGGCCUUUUGCUGCGCGCCUUCCUGGUGGCGCCGGAGUCGCCAGGCGGGCCGGAAGGAGAAGAGGGUGGGGAUUGUGGAGGGGCGGCUUCCCGGGGGUGAGGAGAAGCUCCUGAGCAGUGGAAGAAGGAGCCAUUUCGAGACAGGGGAGGCUCUCCAUCUGCUCUGACGACGGAGCAGGUUGGAAAGGAUCUCUCUGGGGGUCCCACCCACGCCUCCUCGAGAAAGGAAGAAAAUGGCCGGCGCUGGGAAGGGACUGGGCUCAAGGGAAUGGGAACUUUCCGCCCCAGAUUCGUGGCUUUAGGCAUAAUAACCUGGAGAGUGGCCAGGUUAUAAACUUUAUAUAUAUAUACAAACUCAGCAUUUACAGAUGGAAAGACGGGGAGGGUAAAUGCUAGAAUGACAAGCAUAAGUUCAAGAUUCAUGACGCCGCUGGCACUGCACUAAACAUAACCCCCGGCAUUACAACCCUAUCAAUAUAUGUUUUUUAUUUACUCAGCAACAAGUCCUGCGGUGCUCAGUGUGCCUUACACAUGCACAGGGUCGCAUAGGGGAAGGAGCUUUCCAACCUCUGUUAAGAGGAAGGUCUGUGAAGAGGAAAGCUUUUAAAACAACGUCAUCUUUGCUUCCAAAUUUGGCACCCCUUCCCAGCCACACUUCAAAGCCUCACUAGGCCAAACAUUAAAAGAUCACACAUUUCUAUAAAGUGAAAGGCAUAUAUAAUCCAUUUUAAGUAGUCAAAAUGGUGGCACAACUGCCUGCUUCCUUUGGCUUUAAAGUGGCCCCCAGAGAUCUGACAUACAUACCACACACAAACACACUUGCAUUAAUUAUUGUCUUUGUAAGCAAGAUUGAUAAUGGCACAGGGUAAGAUAAAAUGAGUCAGAACAUGAGCCUAGAAGGGCUUUGUUGAUGCAGAAGUCCAAUAGAUUGUUUAUGGGUGAAAAUAAAGUAUAAUAAACAUUACAGAUGUAUGCACAAUCAAUAAACAUUUAAUCCUAAAAAAGGGAAAACCAAAAAAGGAGUUUGAUCAAACUAUAUCACAUGUCAUAAGUUUAGAAAUAAGGUAGCUUUUCAAACCUUUAUCAGAAAGUAUGAAUUUUACAUUUACUUCUAAAUAGUUAUUUUAUAUCAGUAGGGUGCUAAAUGCUGUCCAGUAAGCAUAGAUUACACCGUUUCUCCCCAAAGGGCUUGCUGGUCAUUGUUUUCAUGUUUACAGCGACUCACCAGACUAUUAGGGGUUCACUUUUAAUAUUUUAUUUUCAUUCAUUACUUUAUAUAGCCUUAAUUGUAGGUAGCACAGAACAUGAUUUCACAGUAUUCUAACCAAGGUUCCAAAAAAGCUGAAAUAUGAUACUGCGUGUUUGUAGAAAGUGCCUGAGACUGAAGAGAUUUUUUUCCUGAAAGGCAGAAUAAUGAAGCUGAAAUUGCUGAACACUGGUACUGGGGAAUACCAGUGUACCGUAACCAGAUGAGAGCUCUUUCAGUCACUUCAGCUUUGUGUUAAACAGCAGAUCACAGAUGGAAGCAUCAAAGGCUGGUAUAUUAAUCUGAUACGCCACUUAACCUUUUGUUUAUGGUUUCUCAAAAGCACUGUAAAAAUGAAAUUAUGGGGACAUCAGUAGAAAUUAAUCAAAUUAGCAAACACCUGCCAUAAAUAUUGCUUUUAGAGAUGAGACCACAUUGUUAAACAUUAAAUACAGCACAGCAAAUUGCCAUGUCUCACACGUACAACCAUCUGGUUCAGGAAAAAAAACUUUUUAAUUUUGGUUAUUAAAAAGCAUUAUUAACAUAUGAUAGAAAUAAAAACAGAACACAGUAGAGUGCAUGGCAUAUUUUUAUGAUCAUAAAUAUUAAAAUAAGCCUGAAGAUAAAGUACAUAAUUCCAGACAUUUAUAAAUUGCUUAAUUUAGUCACUAUACAAACAGAAUAGACAAAUAUUGAUCAUGCAGCUCUGAACUCAGUUUAUAUUUAUUCAGCCAUAAGAAAUUCUUAAGACAUUUUUUUCAUAUUAGUGAGUAGCUUUAGUUUGGGGGACUGUUUGAUCUGAUGAAGCUGGCAGCUAAUGAACUUGGACAAUAGAGCUUUCAAUACAAAAUAUUGGUGGGACUGGCCAAAAAGAGAGCAGGGUGUUAAUAGAUUCAGCAUGGUAAUGUAGGAAAGCAUGAGUACUGAGAGUGAAUAUGACUCGCAGGGUUGGGGGUGGAAUCAUUCAAGAGCAACAUUUAUUGAAUAUCUCAAGGACUCCCAUGUAACACAUUGCCUUCCUUAACAGUUAGCUUAAAUAUAGAAGUGCUGAAGCUAUAACAUAAUUGGUUUGUUUGCAGUUUUAAUGUCCCUGUAUACUUGUAUAACUCAGUGAGGCGAGCCAUUGUGAAACUUAUGUAACACACACAUUAAUUGUUUUUAAUUUUGAGGCACCUUUAACGUGUGCUGCAAUACACAUAGGGUUUUUUCUAAGAUUGUCCUUAUAGGCUUUAAAAAGAAAUUACAUUGGUUGCCAAACAACAACAAAAGAGGCAGAGUCUUGCAAAGGUAGCACACACAUUGUAUGGGAUCAAGGUUAAGUCACAAGGCAUUGUAGCUGCACACAAAAUGACUGCAAUCUGCAAAGUAUUUUUAGGAGUUCAAUCAAUAAAUCUUUCAAUUCUUUUAGUGCAGACAAUGUCCAUUGCUGUGGAGAGUGCCCACUGCCUUUACAUAGUGUUCAUAGUGAUAUAUGAAGCACAUUUAAUGCUAGAGCCAAUAGCAAAAUAGACCUCGUGCUUUUUUGUGGGGGAGUGGGGAGGAUUCAUCAGACUGUAACAUAAAAUGCUACAUAAAUUCAACGUGCAGCAUUUAAAUAGUGCAUGAAUGGAAUUUGCGCGAUAAUUUAAGCAGUCCGAUUGAAUAAAAUGCAGACAUUGGUUGAAUUUAAAACUGUGAUAAUAAUUCAAACAAAACCAAUCAUCCAUUCUUCCUCUUUACUAUUUGUAAUAUCAGUAAUGAUCUCAAAACAGGGUAAUUCCUAGGGAUGAAUAUUUCUGGGAUUAAUGGUCUGAAGUCACCUGCUCCUCCCAAGCACCUGUUAACCCUUAGGAAAUACACAAUUUGAUAGUUUUUGCUUUAUGAGUAGCCAAGGCAGAUCAGUUCAAUAUGUGUCAUAUUUCUGAAGAUACAAAUCCAAAGUAGAAUUGCCUAGGAUAUUAUACAGUAUAUCAGCUUAAAUUAGAACAUUUGUUAAGCAAUUACAAAUCUUUUAAGCCUUUCCGAACCUUGCUAUAUGAUGCACAAGAGGAGGUUUUUCCUGCUUCCGUGAUUUCUAAGCUUCCUAAUACCUUAUGAGAUCUAGCAUGGUGAAAAGUCUUAUCCAUUGUUAACAUUUCUGAAUUAAUGUGGGAUCAUAUCACAUGAAAAUUUAAUUUGAAAACCUGUCAUUUAUACUUUUGAAAGGCAUCUGUGUAUUUAUUAUUUUUUUACUUACUGUACAUUUUUCAAUUCCAAAAAGAUUUAAAAAAAAUAUAUCCGGGAGAUUGCAUGCCAAGUUAUGCAUUAUUUAGUUCAGGUUUGCAAAAGCACUAAAUCAGCAGCAGUCAUGUAUAUCUGUGGUGGAAUAAGAACAGGCAACAAGGCAGAUGAUGUGUUAUACUAACAUAGAUCGCAUACAAAUAAAUAGUUAAAUAUUUUGCUACUGAAACCAAACUCUUAAGUUUUCUGAACGAUUCUGUUAAACUGGUCUAUGUGCAGUUCUACUUCAGUGGGCUUAGGAUUGUGGCCAGGUUUGUUAAUUAUAUAAAAUUCAAUAUGGCAUUCUUUAAAACUCCAAGACACUUACAACUCUAAGCUUGUAGACACUGCAUAAUUAAGAAUUCAGGAUUUUAAAAUAUAAUCUCAAAUCAGAAAAGCUGGUGUGAUGUACAUGUUCCCUGCAUUAGUUAAAUUUGCUGAAUGGCUUUCAAACUGCAUAUAUUCAAUGAAUGUGGAGGUAGUUGAUUUUGUAGCUUGCUCCUGCUCCUGUGUUGCAUCUUCUUCGUACAUCAGUUUAAACACUGCCUUCAACAUGAUGUAAAGUUCAUUGAUUCAAAGGCAUCAAGGGGUGGUUUUAUUAUAUACUUACCCCUCUUGACAUCUCUAUGAUAAUCUCAUAUCCUUUUCCCCUACAAUGGGCCUGAUUCUGAUCACGAGCCAAGCCAACAGGAGUCAAGUGCAAUGUUAGACGGAUGCAUACCUGUUGAAUCUGAUAUGAGAUCGAGACUGUGUCUGGCUUCUCCUGCCUCCCCCAACCCCCUCCCUCUGCUUAGGCUCAUUAGGUGGGAUUGUGCUGGCCCAGUGGAAUGCUAGCUUAUUCCUUUUUCAUUUCAUAUGUUCACAAGCUGCUUUGAAAAAUUCCCCUUCGUGUCAGAAGCAAUUUGUCAUGCAUAGUGGGAGGCACAGUUCAAGGAAAAUAAGGUGCAAAGCACACCGGCAAAACACCAGGCUCAUAGAACUCGGCAUCAUGCUCUAACCAACUGAACUAUCACUGCUUGUUUCGCAAUCCUGUAUAUUUUGGCUUAAGUCUAGAGCACUGAUCUGGUGAAGUGACUGGUGUUGUACUGGUUCUGAAUACCUCUCAGCAUUACAAUUCUUGGGUUGACCUCAGGCCUGUCUGUUUCUCAUCCUAACGUGAGAAGAAUAAUCCUCACCUACACUACCCUGAGCUCCCAAGAGCAUGGGCUAUGCACAGUGCCAGAUUUACGUAUAAACUAAACAAGCUAUAGCUUAGGGCCCCACUCUCUUGGGGGGCCCCAAAAAAAUGUAAAGGGAAAAAAACUGGAUGUGCAUUUCCAAAAUAUAAGAUAAAAAGCAAAUAAAAUAAAACCUACAUACAGCAACAGUGUUUUGUUGUGUAGGCUCCUAUGAUGGAAAUAAUGGGCCCUGCUUGCUAGCCUUUUGUUAUGUCCAAAUGGCUUUAGAUACCUAUUAGGUCCAUAAAUUACCAUAUAGCAUAUAUUCGACACAAAAAACAGCAACAAUUUGUUGUUGACAAAGGACAGCUGGACAUAUAAAGGGCCCCAUUACCUUCAGUAGCUUGGGGUCUCAUCAAACCUAAAUCCAGCCCUGGCUAUGCAUAUGGGAAACAAAUACAUAAAAUAGUGUUUCUAGUUAUUAGAAGUGAUUUUGCGAAAGGUUACAGGCGUAUGUUGAUAGACGGUAGUCAUGUAUUAUUCAGUCAAACAAGCUGAUGCUGGGUGGCGUAAGUUAAAAUAAUUUGCUAUGGCUGACUCUUCUGCUAGUCUCUGAUAUGUCAGUAGCCACAGUGGUAAAGGCAAAACCUUUUUCUACCAAGAAGAGCAUUGGAAUAAGCCACCCGUGCACUUCCGUUCUACAGAGCUGACUAGUAUUAUAAUUGCAAACCACAUAUUCUCAUUGUGUUUUGUUUUAUUUAGGUGCGAGCUAGUGCAAUUGCUCAGGAUGCAGACCAAAACUACGACUAUGCCAGUAACAGCGUCGUUCUACAUUUGGAGCCAGGAGAUGAAGUCUACAUAAAAUUAGAUGGAGGGAAAGCACAUGGAGGAAACAACAACAAAUACAGCACGUUUUCUGGAUUUAUAAUUUAUGCUGACUGAUAAUUAAGUGGAACACAAAAUCACAUUCUUCUAAGUGAUGGAUUCACGUGGCAAAAAAACACAAAAUCGACGAAUCGAGAAUCCCAGAGGAUACUGGCCGAGAGACACCUCAUUAAUGUGGGGCAAAAUGCUACCUGACUCACAUCUGUACAACCCAGAGAGCGUGUUUAAAAAAUAUAUAGAGCAAGUUAAACAGAUGUGUGAUCCACUACCGCCAAAGCAAAAUACUCCUUGUUGUUAGUGUCCAUGUGAAUGAAGUCCUAUAUAGAUCACAACUUUUAUAGAGGGGGAAAAAAAUCUUUAAAGCACUGAAUUAUUUCUUCGGCAUAUAUGAUACUUUUGGUGUGCUAUGAUCUUGCUGCUUUUAUCCAUCCAUCAGCUUUGGUACUUGUGAC